UGUUGUUACCAAAAAGGGUCAUCCUUAAAAUGGCCGAAAGAUAUGAUACACGGCCAAAUACAACAAAAAGUCUUUAUCAAUUAAGUGUUUCAGCAGUUGCUAAAAAAUUUAAUAGUCAUAAAAAAAAUUUGACUUAUUUACCAGACAGUGUUUUUUUUGACAUCUAUUAUCAGCUUUUUAAGGAACGAAGAUUAUGUCUUCUUGGUGGUGAAUUGAGUGAUUUAGAAAAAUUUACAAGAAUGUUAAAAGUAAGCAAUCAAAGAAUACAUUUAUUACAAAUAUUUCAAACACUAAUGGAUCAUGGAACAAAAAUUGGUAAUGAGUUAUCAAUAAGUUACAGUGCAUGCUGUUUAGAAGUUAGAAAAAAGCCACAUUUACAAAAAAAUACAAUAAAUUUGGGCUUAAAACUUGGUUGUUUUUUGAGUGAUGCUGGAUGGUAUUUAGAAAGUGAAAAAGUCUUAAUUGAAUGUCGUAAUUUAUGUUUAAUUGAUGAUGAUAGUACAGAUAAUUGGUGUCGUAUAUUAGAUUGUUGUCAUAAAUUAUUACAUUCACAAGCAGCAUAUUGUUCAUUCUAUGGUGCUGCCGAAACACAUAUAUUAGCAUUAGAUACAGCUAAAAAAUUGGUAAAUGUAUUAUACAAAGAUUGUAGUCAUGCUGCAUUAUAUUCAGAAUUUAGUGUGUUAUUUUUCAUAAGAAGUGAAUAUGAUGAUGCAUAUAAAUGGAGUAUAUUAGCAUUAACAGAAUUAAAAAAUAAUUUACCAGCAAUAAUAAUAAUUGAUGUAUUAAGACAAGCAGCAAAAUCAUGUGUUGUUAAACGUGAAUUUAAAAAAGCUGGUUUAUUAAUAAAACAAGCUGUUUAUUUAUCACGUGAAAUAUUUGGUACUGAGCAUCCAAAAUAUUGUGAUGUAUUAAUUGAUUAUGGUUUUUAUUUAUUAAAUUAUGAUAGUAUUAAAAAUAGUGUAUCUGUAUAUCAAACAGCACUUGAUAUUAGAAAAAAAAUAUUUGGUAAAACAAAUUUACAUGUUGCAAUUGCACAUAGAGAUUUAGCAUAUGCAUUAUAUUCACAAAAUUAUAGUUCUCGUAAAUUUACACCAGCAAAUGAACAUGCUGAAAGAGCCAUUGAAAUAAUGGAAAAAUUAUUACCAUCAGAACAUCUUAUGUUGGCUAGUGCAAAACGUGUACAAGCACUUAUACUUGAAGAAAUUGCACUUGAUAAUGCAACAUCUGAACAAUUAUUACAUAAAUGUAAAUCUUUACAUGUAUCAGCAUUAAAAUUAGCACAAAAAGCAUUUGGUCAAUAUAAUGUACAAACAGCUAAACAUAAUGGUGAUUUAGGAAGACUUUAUCAAAGUAUGAGAAGAUUCAAGGAUGCUGAAUUUAUGAUUCUCAAGGCAAUUAGCAUUAAAGAAGAACUUCUUGGUUCUGAGCAUUACGAAGUUAGUAUGAGUAUUGGUCAUCUUGCAUCACUUUAUAGUUUUGACAUGGCUAGACAUCGAGAUGCUGAAAAACUUUAUCAUCGUAGCAUCGCAAUAAAUCUCAAGUUGUUUGGAAAGAGCUAUAGGGGUCUUGAGUAUGAUUAUCUUGGAUUACUUCAUGUUUACAGUGAACUCGAUGAGACUGAUAAAUAUUUGGAAUACACUGAUAUAUUAAAUACAUGGAAAGAAUUGCGUGAUAAACAUGCUCAAUUGGAAGAUCCACCAAUUGAUCUCUACAAACGACCACAACCAAUUGCUGACAUUAUAAAAACAUUUUUUGAAAUGUAA